CGCGCGCGUGCGCUUCUCUCCACGUGCGAAAGCCCCGGACUCGUGGGGGCUCGGACGCCGCAGAAUCCUGAGCCGCGCAGCUCCGCGCUCGCCAUGAAGCCAGGUUUCAGCCCCCGUGGGGGUGGCUUCGGUGGCCGAGGGGGCUUUGGUGACCGUGGAGGCCGAGGUGGAGGCCGAGGUGGCUUUGGUGGGGGCCGAGGUGGCUUUGGUGGGGGCCGAGGUCGUGGUGGAGGCUUCAGAGGCCGUGGAGGAGGAGGAGGAGGAGGAGGAGGAAGAGGUGAGUGGGUUGGGGGAGGAGGCUUUCCCUGGGCUUGCGGAUCUGGGAGGGAAGAGGUGUGGGAUGUCCCUCUCUCACUGCAUCUCUCCCUUGUAGGUGGCGGGUUCCAGUCUGGUGGCAGCCGGGGUCGUGGUCGGGGAGGAAAAAGGGGAAAUCAGUCAGGGAAAAAUGUGAUGGUGGAACCUCACCGGCACGAGGGAGUUUUCAUUUGUCGAGGAAAGGAAGAUGCACUGGUCACGAAGAAUCUGGUCCCUGGAGAAUCAGUUUAUGGAGAGAAGAGAGUCUCAAUUUCGGAGGGAGAUGACAAAGUUGAGUACCGUGCCUGGAACCCCUUCCGCUCCAAGCUGGCAGCAGCGAUCCUGGGCGGUGUGGACCAGAUCCACAUCAAGCCAGGGGCCAAGGUGCUCUACCUCGGGGCUGCCUCAGGCACCACCGUCUCUCACGUCUCUGACAUUGUAGGCCCGGACGGUCUGGUCUAUGCAGUUGAGUUCUCCCACCGCUCUGGCCGUGACCUCAUUAACUUGGCCAAGAAGAGGACCAACAUUAUUCCUGUCAUUGAAGAUGCUCGGCACCCACACAAAUACCGCAUGCUCAUUGCAAUGGUGGAUGUGAUCUUUGCCGACGUGGCCCAGCCAGACCAGACCCGGAUUGUAGCCCUGAAUGCCCACACCUUCCUACGUAAUGGAGGGCACUUUGUGAUUUCCAUUAAGGCCAACUGCAUCGAUUCCACAGCCUCUGCCGAGGCAGUGUUCGCCUCUGAAGUGAAAAAGAUGCAACAGGAGAACAUGAAGCCCCAGGAGCAGUUGACUUUAGAGCCAUAUGAAAGAGACCACGCUGUAGUUGUGGGUGUGUACAGGCCUCCCCCCAAGGUGAAGAAUUGAAGUCCAGCGCUCCAUCUGGAUUGCGAGAAAUUAUGUUGCUACUGUUACACUUGUGUUUUUCUAUUAAAAGACUCAUCCUUC